CUCGUGCAGAUCUUUGUGGAGUUUGAUGGCUGCAACUGGAAGCAACAUGCCUGGGUGAAAGUUCAUGCUGAAGAGGUCAUCGUGUUGCUGUUGGAAGGCUCGCUGGUUUGGGCUCCUCGAAAUGAUCCAAUUCCACUUCAGGGAACUCGGGUCUCUCUCGCGCAUUGGCCUGCACUUACUUUCACUCCUUUAGUAGAUAAGCUGGGCUUAGGCUCUGUGGUUCCAGUGGAGUUUCUUCUGGACCGGCACCUGAGGUUCCUGUCUGAUGCCAGUGGACUACGUCUUUUUCAGAUGGGAACGGAGAGUCAGAAUCAAAUUCUGCAGGAGCAGCCUGCCCUGCGAGAAUCUGUCAAUGCAUUGAUCGGUGACCAGAAGCUCCAGGAAAUUUUUAGCAGAGGUCCUUACAGUGUUCAGGGCCAUCGGGUGAAGGUGUACCAACCGGAGGAUGAAAACAGCUGGCUCUGUGGUGUGGUGAGCCGUCAAGACCCCAUCACUCGGCUUAUGGAGGUGUCUGUGACUGAGAGUGGUGAGAUAAAGUCAGUGGAUCCUCGACUUAUUCAUGUGGUGAUGGACAACUCGGCUCCUUCCAAUGAGGGCGGAGGUGUAAAAGCAGCUAAAUCUUCAAAAGGGAAAAAGAAACGCGAGUGUCUGGAGGGAAAGGAUGGACGAAGGAGGAAAACUGCUUCGGAUCCUGGGUGUGAUCCUGCAACAAAGAAGCUAAAAGAGAGGGGUGAAGCAGAUAGUAAUGGGAGUGACGGAGGAGAGGCAAGCAGUGGCCCUUGGAAAGGAGGCACCAGUAGUGAUGCAGGGCUGGAUCCAAGGGCCAAGCAGCUGCCUCCAUUUGUUCCUCCAAUUAAUCGCAAUAUUCGCUUUGCCACUUACACCAAAGAGAAUGGCCGAACUCUGGUAGUCCAGGAUGAACCAGUUGGUGGUGAGACACCUGUACCAUUCACUCCCUUUUCCUCAGCGGCUGGUCAAGCACUGCUGGUUGGAGCUGGUUGUAAAGAGGCAGGAAAAUCACUGGAACAGGUUGGCCAAAACAUGGCGGCUGCUGCAACAGCUGUUACUACAGCUACUUUGACGCCCACAACUGUGAGGAUCUCAGAUACUGGUAUGUCAGCAGUUUCUGGACAAGAGAAAUCAAAAAGCCGGUCACAGGCUCAGGGAGAGAAUUCCCGAAACUCGCUUUUGGCUGCUUCUUCUGGUUUUGGAGCAUCUCUUCCAAGUGCUCCCCAACCUUUGGCAUUCGGGGGUGGAAGAGGCCAAUCAAAUGGAGUACUGACUGCAGAAAGCAAACCUGUCGGAUUUCCAUUUGGCAGCAGCACUGGGCAAGAGUCUCCAAAAGAUUCUGAUCUGUCAAAGAACUUGUUUUUCCAAUGUAUGUCUCAGAAUUUGCCCUCCAGUAACUACUUCACAGUCAUCUCUGAGAGUUUGGCUGACGAGCCCUCUAAUCGGGACUCAUUCAAGCAGUGUUCAGAAAGCCUGGGCUCUGGGAUUGGUAAAGGUAAAAGUCUUCUUGCAGCAGAGAAUAAGCCUGCAGCCCAGCCUGGCAGUUCUGUGGACCGGAAGCUGCCAAUGGAGUCAAUGCCCACCCUCACUCCAGCUUUUUCGAGAAGCCUGUUGAAUCCUCGGCCCCCAGAUAAUCAUGAAAAUUUAUUUUUACAGCCCCCAAAACUGUCCCGGGAGGAGCCUGCAAACCCUUUCCUGGCAUUUGCUGAGAAAGCAGAACUUGGUCCUUUCGGUAGCUUUGCAUCUUCAUCUCAGACAGGAGUUUCUACACCCUCUUCAACUGUGGCUCCCAAGGCUGCUUCUAGCUGGCCAGAAUCGCUCACCUCAGCAGACGCUUCUUUUGCUAAGAAGAAAACCUUGUUUAUAACAACCGAUUCCUCCAAGCUGGUUUCUGGUGCGCCUGGUCUGGCUGCCCUGGCUGGUGUACAGAGCCCUGCUACGGUGGGGAAUGGCCGCUCCAGCUCGCCUACCAGCAUCCUGACACAGCCUAUUGAGAUGCCCACUCUUUCCUCCAGUCCAACGGAAGAGAAACCAUCUGUUGGGCCUGGGCAGCAGGACAACCCUCUUCUGAAAACUUUUUCUAACGUCUUUGGCAGGCACCCGCCUUGCUUUUUCUCUUCACAGGCAGAGUUUGCACAAGAGAACAGAGCCCCCUUUGAAGCUGUGAAAAGGUUCUCGUUAGAUGAGCGGAGCAUGACAUCCAAACAAGACUCAGAUUCUAGUACCAAUAGUGACCUGUCAGAUUUGAGUGACUCUGAGGAGCAGCUGCAGGCCAAGGCUUGUCUGAAGGGGAUCCCAGAACACUUGAUUGGGAAGCUGGGCCCCAAUGCAGAACGGAACGCUGAGUUGCUACUGGGAAAAGGAAAAGGGAAACAGGCCCCAAAGGGCCGGCCUCGCACAGCUCCCCUGAAAGUUGGCCAGUCGGUGCUGAAAGACAUGAGUAAAGUGAGGAAGCUGAAGCAGUCAGGAGAACCUUUCCUCCAGGACGGCUCUUGCAUCAACGUAGCCCCUCAUCUGCACAAGUGCCGGGAGUGCCGUCUGGAGCGGUACCGCAAGUUCAAGGAGCAAGAGCAAGAUGACUCGACUGUGGCCUGUCGCUUUUUCCAUUUCCGGAGACUGAUAUUCACGCGGAAGGGUAUCCUGCGAGUAGAAGGAUUCUUAAAUCCCCAGCAGAGCGACCCUGAUGCGAUGAGCCUGUGGAUUCCGUCUUCCGCCCCUGCAGAGGGCAUUGACCUGGAAACUUCUAAAUACAUCCUGGCCAAUGUUGGGGACCAGUUCUGCCAGCUUGUUAUGUCUGAGAAGGAGGCGAUGAUGAUGGUGGAGCCACAUCAGAAAGUGGCAUGGAAGCGAGCAGUCCGUGGCGUGAGGGAAAUGUGUGAUGUAUGUGAGACAACCCUCUUCAAUAUUCACUGGGUUUGUCGCAAAUGUGGUUUUGGAGUCUGCCUGGACUGUUACCGGCUGAGGAAGAAUCGUCCACGAAGUGAAACAGAGGAGAUUGGUGAUGAGGAAGUCUUCUCAUGGCUGAAGUGUGCGAAGGGGCAGUCUCAUGAACCAGAAAAUCUUAUGCCAACCCAAAUCAUUCCUGGAACAGCCCUUUAUAAUAUUGGAGACAUGGUGCAUGCAGCACGAGGCAAAUGGGGAAUUAAAGCAAACUGCCCAUGUAUUAACCGACAGAACAAAUCCGUACUGAGACCAGCUGUCACAAAUGGGAUGUCACAGCUUCCCAGUGUAAACCCUACUGUGUCUGCCUCUGGAAAUGAGAGCACCUUCUCCAACGCAGCAACAGGGACAGGACAGCUGGAGAUGGAUACUGGUCUUAAACCUGAGGCUGCAGAUGGUAGAACUGAAGAGUCUGCAAAAUCAGAGAUGCCACCAACCAGUAACACCAGCGAAACAAAGACUAACAGGGCAUUGUGUCCAGAAACGACCCCCUCAUCUGCCUUGCACUGGCUUGCUGAUUUAGCAACCCAGAAAGCAAAAGAAGAAACAAAAGAAGCAGGAUCACUGCGGUCAGUGCUCAGUAAAGAAUCCCACUCGCCCUUCGGAUUGGAUUCCUUCAAUUCCAGUGCAAAGGUUUCCCCAUUAACUCCAAAGCUGUUUAACAGCCUCCUGUUGGGCCCAGUUGCAUCUAGCAACAAAACCGAAGGUUCGAGUCUCAGAGAUUUGCUACAUUCUGGACCAGGAAAACUGCCUCAGGUUCCAUUAGACACAGGAAUCCCAUUUCCUCCAGUUUUCUCUGCAGCUUCAAUGGGAGCCAAAGGUAAAGCCAGUCUGCCCAACUUCCUAGAUCAUAUCAUUGCUUCUGUGGUGGAAAAUAAGAAGACAUCUGAUGCUGCAAAGCGAACAAGUAACUUGGCUGACACUCAGAGAGAGGUGAAGGAAAUGGUAAUGGGACUGAACGUUCUGGAUCCACACACUUCUCAUUCCUGGCUCUGUGAUGGAAGGCUCCUUUGCCUUCAUGAUCCCAGCAACAAAAACAACUGGAAGAUCUUCAGGGAGUGUUGGAAGCAGGGCCAGCCCGUGCUAGUUUCUGGAGUCCAUAAGAAGUUGAAGUCAGAGCUGUGGAAACCAGAGGCCUUCAGUCUGGAGUUUGGAGACCAGGAUGUUGAUCUGGUGAACUGCAGAAACUGUGCCAUAAUUUCAGAUGUGAAAGUGCGUGACUUCUGGGAUGGCUUUGAAAUAAUUUCUAAACGCCUGAGGUCAGAAGAUGGACAGCCAAUGGUACUGAAGUUAAAGGACUGGCCUCCAGGGGAGGAUUUUAGAGACAUGAUGCCUACAAGGUUUGAGGAUUUGAUGGAGAAUCUUCCUCUCCCGGAGUAUACCAAGAGGGACGGCAGGUUAAAUCUGGCCUCUAGGCUGCCAAGCUACUUUGUACGUCCUGAUCUGGGCCCAAAAAUGUACAAUGCCUAUGGGUUGAUAACUGCGGAAGACAGACGUGUUGGUACAACCAACUUACACUUGGAUGUGUCUGAUGCCGUUAAUGUCAUGGUGUAUGUUGGGAUCCCCAUUGGCGAAGGGUCCCAUGAUGAUGAGGUGCUGAAAACAAUUGAUGAAGGAGAUGCUGAUGAUGUAACAAAGCAGCGAAUCCACGAAGGGAAGGAAAAGCCUGGAGCUCUGUGGCAUAUCUAUGCCGCCAAGGAUGCUGAGAAGAUCCGUGAACUUCUGCGGAAGGUUGGAGAAGAACAAGGUCAAGAAAAUCCCCCAGAUCAUGACCCAAUUCAUGACCAAAGUUGGUACUUGGACCAGACCCUGCGUAAGCGUCUUUAUGAUGAGUAUGGUGUACAAGGCUGGGCAAUAGUACAGUUCCUAGGAGAUGCAGUGUUCAUUCCUGCAGGUGCACCCCACCAGGUCCAUAAUCUGUACAGCUGUAUUAAAGUGGCAGAAGACUUUGUAUCUCCAGAACAUGUAAAGCACUGCUUCCGCCUGACUCAAGAGUUCAGACAUUUGUCUAACACUCACACGAACCAUGAAGAUAAGCUGCAGGUGAAGAACAUUAUCUACCAUGCAGUGAAAGAUGCUGUUGGCACACUGAAGGCUCACGAAUCCAAACUGGCUAGGUCUUAGGAGUUGCUAAUUCUGAAUCCCCUGUGAAGUAAGCCUUUGCUCACAGUACAUACAGGGACUGCACUUGACUGCCUCUGCGGGAGCAGAAGCCUCUCACUAAGAGCUAGUGUGGUCAGUAUUACACACACUCUUCAGCCACUGUUUUCUACGCUGCCUCAACACUGAAGGUCUAAUGGGAAGUUGCACUGUUACCUGCAGAAUUCCUGUCUGAAGAAAGGUGCCGUUUCCCUUUCCUGUGGCCUUCUGCGAAUUGGAAUUGCACGGAAACCACAUGGUGUUCCUGCAUAUUAUAAUUAGAAAUGGUAUAAGAGUGUGACAUUUUUUUUCCUCAUGCCUAGUUAGUCUCCAAGAAAUUAGAAGGAAUGUGCUGGAGGUGGGGUAUCCUGUUGCAGACUUAAGUAGAUAGCUGCUGCAGAAGUGUGACCAACAGGAGCCCAAAUGCAGAAACAUACAUGCUAAUCCUUCCUAGUGUGAUUUGAUACAGGCCAAGGAAAAGGGAUAAAGCUGUUCUCCACACUCCCCUUCUUGUAGCCGUUUAUACACUGUAGAACUGCAGAGAUACAGGGAGAACCCACUGCUUUUCCCAGGAGGCUCCAGAAUUAGGAGAAUUGUGUAUUUAGUGAAAAACUAGGUUUGUAGUGAAACAGUUAAUAUUUCAUGAAAGUAGAUAUUUUUAGUAUUUUUGAAAUACCACAACUGUUCCUGGAUUUGCAAGGAAAGGCACAUUACAUUUAGUCUUCCUUUCAAUAAAAUCAAUAAAUGAUUUGUAGAAAUCAGUCCAAAAUAGCACAAAAUCAGCCAAAGGAGAGCUAAAAGAAAUUGACCCUCCCCUUCCAGUUUCCUCAAAAUGAGAAGUAAAAAGGGGCAUGAACUUUGUUUUGACUUGGAGAUGUUGUGCAUCUCCUCCUGCACUGGUAAUGCCAGGCAAUAGUUCACCCGGUGCUGGUGCUAGCUCGGGGCUUCUUUCCUUUCCAGAAGUGAAGGAAAACUAAUUUUCAGAUAUCAGCUUUGUCCAGAACUAUUUUAAGUAAAACGUUCCUGCUUGAUAGAACUGUAUUCAGAAUUAACUAAAUGUCAGCAUUGAUGCGGUGGAUUUCAUUGUCCGGGUACAUGGGGAAAUGUAUCUACCUUAUAUCCAGCUGUACUGUAGUGCCACCUGCAGGCCUGUUAAUAUGUUCACGGUUAUUUCAUUUUUUUUUUUUUUUAAAUAAAAGUCAUUUACUGUA